UUUUGUGAAAACGUGACGGGUAUACAUCAUUGCGAUGACAAUGCACAUGUAUUAUGUGUGAACGAAUAUUUUACAUGUCUAUAAACCUUCCCGACAAUAUAAAUAUCCAUAUUAAAAUGCCCAUUGUGUUAUUUGUUACUGAUGUUCUUGCCUAGAUUAUUAUUGAUAAUUCUGAAGUGGGCAAGAAGCGCGACUGUUUCCGUAAAAGAAAAAAAAGGCGAGAAGAAGAGAAGGAUUUCUCAGGAACGUGUGUUAUCAGCAAUGAAUAUCGAAGAGACAUUAUUACUGAGCGUUAAAGCGGUUAAAGAGAGACUCAUCGUCACUCGUCACCGAAAGCUCGUUCCAGAAACCACGACGAUCAUCCGAGACAAAGGCUCUGUUCUUUCAUUUCACCGUAAAGAUUAUUUUAACAGUGGGUCAACGUCGAUCCGAAGCGAGGCUGCUCUCUCGGCCCCGAUCGUAGAUCACGCCAGAACACGUCUGUUUCACGCCGGGAGCCCGGACGAUCCAACUGUGCCCGAGGAAAGGUCAUUCCACGUCGGACCCUCCUGUCGCGUGAUCUUUCGUACGCUGCAAUCGACCUGGCAAAGACCGUUUUUGGAAAGAGUGUGCAAGAUUUCUGUCUGGAAAGCUUUAGUUUCCAAAGCUUUAAUUUACAAAGACUCCAGUUACCUGGAGCUCGUUGCCCCUAUGGAUAAUCCUCCUCCAUCCAGCAACAAAUGUAAAAACGUUAAGAUGGAGUCUUACCUUGACACAUGUUACAGUCAGAACAGCACUGCAAUGUGCAACAUACAAUUUCACACAACCGAUACGCUAAUUUACUGUCAAACCGAUGCAUAUACAGAUACAACACAUAACGUUAAGGCCAAUGUAUGUGCGGCAGGCACGAAAUGUGAAAAUUAUAUGGACAGACAAAGAUACAAAGCUAUAAGGAAGUGGAGACGAAUCGACAAAGGUAGAUCGACUAACAGUAUGGAAGAUUUUUUCAUAUUGAAACUCCUAUCUUUUAAUAUUCUGGCACAAAACCUGUUGGAAGAUCACUCAUACCUGUACAUGGAUCAUAACAAGAAAGCUCUGAAUUGGAAAACACGAAAACCCCUUGUAACACAAGAGAUACUUGAGGCGGAGGCAAAUGUGAUAUGUCUUCAGGAAGUGCAGGAAGACCAUCUGUUAGAUUUCGUGGCUCCAUUCAAACAGAAUGGAUAUGAAUAUCUGUAUAAAAAGAGAACCAAUGACAAAAAAGAUGGUUUGCUAUUGUUGUAUCGCUCCAAUGAAUUCGUUCUGUUGGAUUACGCUAAAGUGGAGUUGUAUCAGUCCAGCGUUGAGCUUCUAAAUAGAGAUAAUGUUGGAAUAAUCGCUAAACUCUCCCUCAGAGACAAUCCGGAAACGCAAGUCGUCAUUGCUACUACUCAUUUGUUAUAUAAUCCGAGACGUAAUGAUGUACGGCUGGCACAAAUACAGCUUUUGUUGGCGGAAAUAGAACGAAUCGCGUUUAUCGAAAACACAGCAACGGGCCCGAAAUACUUACCGAUCGUACUGGCGGGCGACUUCAAUUUGGAACCGUUCACGGGCGUUUACAAGUUCCUGACGGAAGGCUCAUUCGAGUAUUGCGGCAAAGGACGGAGUUUGGAGCCGUCGCAGUAUCGUUCUCUGUCCAACUCGCUGAUACCACAGCGAUUAUGCGUGACUGACAACUGUCAGCAUUUUAACAUCCUGACUCAAAGACUGCGAAGAGAAGGGACUGGCAAAGUUAUGUUAGAGAACAGUGAAUCACAUCUUCAAGUACGAAAUGAGAAUGCGCCCACGCCUUGUAAUAUAAACGUGCUGCAACAAAGUGCCACUAGUGAUAACGGCCGCACGCAGAUCGUCGAGAUAGAGAUUGUGCAGGGCCAUUCCGCGAAAUUCUCAUCCGGCACCUUAACACAUCCCUUUAAUAUGCGUAGCGUUUAUACGCACAAAGGUCCUCACGGAGAAAAAGAGGCGACCACGUAUCAGGACGAGUGGAUCACAGUAGAUUAUAUAUUCUACAGCAACAUCCAACCUUUGCAGAAAUACACUCUACCUACAAUAACCCAGUGCGCCACGUUACCCAAAAUACCAAAUUUUAUAGUAGGUAGCGAUCAUUUAAGCCUAGGUGCCACCUUUCAGUUACCGAAGAAAAAAUCUCUACUUUAAAAUUCGACAACAUUCUCAAUGUAUUAAUUUUAAUGUAGUAUCUUUUCUAUAUUAAAAUUAAUUGUUUAAUAGAGAUAUAGAAGAGAAAGGAGGAGAUAUUAUAAUUCAUGUUAUUUAUGUUGUUGAGAAAACUAAAAGAAGAAACCACUUAUCUUUCCAAUUUUAUAAAGUAAAAUUGCGAACUGCUUUUUGAUUUAAUUAAAAAUGCAAAUUUUAAAAAAUGUCUCAUAUUCGGACAGCUAUAGAGAGUAUAACUUCCCAUUUUAGUUCUUAUCUAUAAUUUUUUCGUUAAUGAUAGCUAAUAAACUAUUGUAUUGUGCUUUCUUAACUCUCGAUGAUUCCUAAAGGAUAAGUAUUUUACAUUUUAAGAUCUGUUUAAAAGAUAAAAAAAAUUUUUUUUUUAAUAGACAUCAAAAUAUUGUUUUUGUGAAAAUUUAGACUUAAAAAUUGUUUGUUUUUAUUAGAGAAACUGUAUAUCACGUAUGUAUAACUGUGAUAGAGCAUACUAUCGUAUAAGAGCUAUAUCGUAUAAAAACUUGACGCAAAAAAAGGAGAUAUGAAUGAAAGUAUGAAACAACUGCGCUCGUCUGUUAAACUAUUAUGCAAUAGUAAAAUGUAAAAUAUACUGUACAAAUUUUAUACGAUAAUAAAUAGAAAAUAUUCUGUGUAAUAAAA